AUGCUAGCCACCCACGAGGCUACGCUGGACAUGAUGCAACUCAAGCUAGCGGACAUGGAGGACCGGAGCAGAAGGUGCAACGUCCGUAUAACUGGGCUAGCAGAAGGACUUGAGGGGUCUAACACCAUGCAAUGUCUGACACACUCGCUUCCAAAGUGGUUCCCCUCCUUAAGUAAUCUAAAGGGCGAGUUAAUGCGAGCUCAUCGUAUCUACAGCGACGACAGGAAGAAGCAGGUGGGCGCUACCCGCACUUUGAUUUUCAACGCAAAGAAAGCCCCGCUCACGAUUGAUGGACGGAGGAUUCGCUUCUCCCCUGACUACAGCAGCUACACUGUUAAACGUAGUCAGGCUUUCUCCCGGGCAAUGGAUACCGCCCGUGCCAAAGGGGUGGGAUUUUUCCUCCUUUACCCCGCUACACUGAAAGUCAAGGGAGCUGGUCAAGUUACUGUAAGACAUUUAAUUCCCCUGGACAUGCCGAAGACUUCAUCGUCUCCCUACCAGGGGUGCAGGAUGCACCAACCGGCAGGGACGGGGACCCGGGACCUGGGCGCUCGUCUGACGGCGAAUAGCGUUCUUUUGAAACUUGUUGGGACUGGUCCCGGGUCCCCGUCCCUGCCGAUAUGGGAUCAUGAAUUAGAGAGGAGCGCAGAGCACUGGGCACAUACCUGCCGAUGGGAACACGGGCCGAGCCACAUGUUGACACAAAUAGGCCAAAACCUUGGAGCGCAUUGGGGCAGGGACCGUCCCCCUACCUAUCAUGUGCAGGCAUGGUACGAUGAGGUGAGGCACUACAGCUAUCCCUACUCCCAGGAGUGUAACCCACACUGCCCAUUGAGAUGUUCAGGACCUGUUUGUACCCACUACACUCAGUUGGUGUGGGCAACAAGCAAUCGUAUUGGUUGUGCCAUUAAUGUGUGUUACAACAUGAACGUGUGGGGAAUGAUCUGGACUAAAGCUGUCUAUCUGGUCUGCAACUACUCUCCACCAGGCAACUGGUGGGGUCAUGCUCCGUACAAAUAUGGAUCACCCUGUUCUGCAUGUCCAGCUAGCUAUGCUGGAGGCUGCAGGGACAAUCUCUGCUACAAAGAUGGGGGUGUUGACAGGCGUCCAGCUCCUGAGCUUGAGGAGACCAACUACAUUGAACCUGAAACAGAACCAGUGAGGGACAGGGAGCCGCAGACCAGGGCCCAGACACCAGACCCCUCACCCAACGACAACCUGGAGAGAAACCAGGUUCUCAACACAGAGCAGAUGUGUCAACAGGUCGACUGUGAGACUAAACUGAGAGAUCGGUGCAAGGGAACAACCUGUAACAGAUAUGAGUGUCCACCUGGCUGCCUCGACAGCCCUGGAAGAGUCAUUGGGAGUGGACAUUAUGACAUGCAAUCCAGUGUGUGUGGAGCUGGUUUGCACGCUGGUGUUAUUGACAAUGAUGGAGGAUGGCUGGAUGUGACAAGACUGGGUAGAAAACAACAAUUCAGCAAGUCAUACAAGAAUGGUAUCCAAUCAAUAGGGAAAAACCGAAGUGCAAAUUCCUUCAAAAUAGAGACAGUUCCUGUCAAGGCAGUAAGAUGUGACACCACUGUUGCACUUUUCUGCCCUUACAAGAAACCUGUGCGACACUGUGCCAGGUUGUAUUGUCCCAGGAACUGUGUGCGGGAGAGUGGAGCACGAGUCAUAGGGACAACAUACUUCUCAGAUAAAUCCAGUAUCUGCAGGGCAGCCAUUCAUUCUGGAGUUAUCAAGAAUGAGGCAGGAGGGUACCUCGACGUGAUGCCUGUGGAGAAAAGGAGGCAGUACAGCGGCAGCUACCAGAAUAGCAUCUCCUCAGAGAGCUUAGUGAACCCGACAGUUGGAAAAGCCUUCAGAGUGUUUGCAAUCAUCUGAAGAACCGCUCCCAAUGGACAGAGUACCAUCAGACAAGGCCGCUUCACAUCCAGCAAGCCCACUCAUUAUCAUCUUUCAACCUGUAAUUACAUCCAGUCAUACAGUAAAUUCAGGUUUUCACCUUCUGACCCAAAAUAUGUAAGAGAGUUGUACUCAAUGCUUCUCCUCCAAGUUUGGUGAGAAUGAUGAUCCUGGAUGUCUUUUGCCAUAAUAUUAUGUCUUACCAAAAUAUCGAUAAUAAUUACAUUGGGGCUGCCGUAUAUCUUGCUGUUUUUUUUAUCACGUUGUAUCAAGUUGAUGUUGCACCCUACAAAAUCCAGUAGAAUACAAUUGUAUAUAUUUGUAAAUAAUAAUGUAAAUAAUACUGAACACAUUUUGAUUAAAUGUUUGCUACUGUUAUCUUUUGUUUAUUCAUAUUUCUAACACAUUACCAAAGAGCAAUACCAGCAAUAAACAGUAGAUGCUGAAACUGAUUCUGCAUGCGUAACAUAUAUUUGUCACACAAGCUUUUUAUUUUAUUUUUAUAAAGGACAAGCAAUAACUAUAAUAAGUAUAUUCAUGUGUUUGUAAAUAUUGUGUAUGUAACAUAUUGUUUUAUUGUGUGCUGCAUUUCCCAGCCUUUGUUUACAGAUUUAUAUGAAUGGAUCCUGGCUGGCCAGGAAUGCGCAUCAAAAUUA